AUGAUGGAUAGAGACGAGACGGGUGACAACAAUGACCUUUUCAGACAACUCCGCUAUCUCCCCCCUCCUCAGACAAACCAGUAUCAUCAGACCAGCCAGCAUUUAUUCCACCCCCAACCUAUAAGACCUGCUGUUGGCCCAGCUUGUUUGAGGCAGAGCACAGACCCUAAUGGAGCAAUAGAUUCUUUCUCCCUUCAUGAAAGCUUGUUCGGACAGACAGAGUUGAGCCCCGGCGGUAGACACUUCACCACUAUCGAGGGCCAGUAUCUUCAUAGACCUGCGCCUCGCUUUCCAAACGAGUAUGUGAAUUGGCGUUUCGGAGACCCCAUUCCCUUAGGCUGGAGAGUCACUGUGACGCCUCGCGUCGUGAACAGUCCUCGUCCUGAGCAGCAUCACAUCUUAGUGCCCGAUACUGAAAUUGUUGAGUCCUAUGAGCGUCAUCGGGAUCCCUCCCCGUCUUUCUUGUUGUGUCCACGGCCAGAUCGCACGGUGAUAGAGCAUGCAGCGAUCCUACACAACAUGAGGAAUUCUGAGCUGGAACCUGUCACAGUUGAGAACCCUAAGAUAGUAUCCAGACCAGAAAGUGCCCGUGAGGACACUAUUAUGGAUUUUGGUGAUCCUCGCGAGCAGAGUCCCCCUGAAGAGACAACCGUCCCAGAGACCACCAAUGAGCCGGGCGACAUGCUCCAGUUUCCUAUGCCUGUAAUGGGGAAGGAAGUAAUACUAUGUGAGUUCGAGGAGUUAGCCACCCAUACGGCGAAAUGUGACAUUUGCAACAAGCGCAAUUCUUCCGGAAUGUCUCGCUGUCUGACCUGCGGCUGGCAGACUUGCAACCCGUGCACAAUUGCUCGUGGUUAUUUUCGCACUCACCACGUCAACGGCAAUAUUCACACUGGUCCCACUAGCCAGGACAAUCUAGAUGCUGCUGCUGAGGAAAUCUUGAAAACGAAGAAGAAGAGCAGUUCGCCUAAGAAGAAGAAAGGCUCUAGGAAUACCAGAAAAUCCAAGAAAGGUCGUCCGACUAAGAAUAAAACUCCGAAGAAAACUCAGAGAACGCCUUCGAAGUCCUCACUUGUGCCUAACAAAGCAGAUCCUGACCAGGAGGUUUCUGCAGAGGAGGUUAGUGGUUCCGAAAACCGUAAGAAACGAUGCAAUGAGGAUGUAUGGGACGUAGAUUCUAUUCUUGAUGAUGACGCCACGGAGUAUCUGCCGGAGAAAGACCAGUUCGAGGAGGAAGAGACUGAUAGUUGGAGUCCUUUGAAUGACCCUUUGAGUCAAGGUAGUUUGCACAGUCGGGAUCUCCGGCAAGUCCAACGAGGACAUGAAGCACGACACUUGAACAAGUUCAGUGGCAGAAAAGUUGGAACUACGAAGGAGGCUGAUGAUGAUACGACUACGACUAAAUCGAAAGCCUUGGGGCAGCAGACUAAAGCCCAGGCUUACUGUCGGAAGCAGCCAGGAAGAUACUCUCGUUUGUGA